AUGAAUUUAUUUAAAUACAAGACUACAUUUAAUCUAAUAUUCAAUAAUAGUCAAUUUGUAUCAUCAACAUUAAUUAUAAACAACUUGUCAACCGCUUCAACAACAACAUCAUUGAUUAGAACAUUUAAAACAAAUAGUUUCUAUUCAACUUUACCAAGUCAUCAAUCAACCAACUUUGUAAAUAUACCAAUACCGUCAUCAACUGAUACUACUACUACAACUUGUACUUCAAACAUGGUCAAGAAAGCAUCAACAUCAGCAACCAUACUAUCAAAUGUAUCAACUUCAACAAAGAAACAAGCUAAAUUAAAUACAACUAAAAAGACCAAAAAGAUUGUUGUUGUUGAAAGUAUUGAAAGUGAAAGUGAAAGCAGUCCGAGUGAGAGUGAUUAUGAUAGUGAUAAUAGUGAUAUUACAUCUUCAUCAGAUGAUAAUAAUGUAAAAGUAAAGAAGAAUUCAAAACCUUCAACAACGUCAAAAUCAACAACAACAACAACAACAAAUUUUGGAUAUACAAUUAAAUCAAAAGAUCCAUUAACUAUAAUAUUUGAUACAACUAAAGAUUUAAAUGAUUGGUAUAAAACGAAUCAUAAAACAAUGACAGAAGUGUAUAUGGGAUUUUAUUACAAGGCAACUGGAUUGGAUUGUGUUAGUUAUAUGGAGGCAAUUGAUGAAUCAUUGUGUUUUGGUUGGAUAGAUGGUGUUAGAAAAAAGGGUACAACGGAAUACUACUUGCAACGAUUUACACCAAGACGUACAGAUGGUAGAUCAAAUUGGUCGGCUGUCAAUAUUGCCAAAGUACAAAAGCUGCAGGCAGAGGGUCGCAUGAAGCCCGCUGGACUGGCUGCCUUUGACAAGCGAGAAAACCGUACUCUUGAAGACGCCAUAUCAGCAGAGAACCCAGAGUUUGAUGACGAAUGCAUGGCAUUACUAAAAGCACAUAAAAAGGCAUUGACAUUUUUUAAUGAGCAAAGUGCAACCUACCAAAAAUACACUAAACGAUGGGUCAUGAGUGCUAAAAGAGAAGAGACUAGACACGAUCGUAUGCAACAACUAGUAGAAAGUAAUAUUCAAGAUAAUGUAGAUAUAGUAUGUUUAUUGUUCACUUGUAAACAGUUGUAUCAUAAUAAUAGUAUUAGAAGAUCAAUCAAGUUUAAAGGAAUAGAUGUGAUAGAUAACAAAGAAGAACCCGCAGAGAUAUCAAAACAGUUUAUAGCAACAAUCAGUAGAUUCAACCUCAACUCUUUUAAAGAUAUAUUAGACAAUAGUAUAUCAUAUCAACAUGUUGUUUUGCAUGAUCUUUAUUACAAACGCUAUCCAAAAUGGAUACAGGAUCACCUCUAUUCAGGCAACAUAGUCGAUAAAAGUAACAUUACAACAGCUAUUGUGUUACAUGACUCUAAAACGAUAGAGUCUCUAUACGAUAUACCAUCAAUAGAGACACUAUACAUCACAUACAACGAAAGUAAUGCAAUGAAUCUCGCUAUCUCAAGGUUACCCAAUCUUCAACGACUUGAAGUUUCUGCAUGGAGGUUGGAUCUUGAUAAACACGAAUCACUAAAGUCUCUUGUAAUCGACGUCCAAUAUGAUGAAGGAAACGUAGGGUAUGGAUACCCUCUACUCAGCUAUUAUAUAAACGAAUUCGUAUCACUGACAGAGCUUACAUUCAAGAUGUUUAUUGAUAUCGAUUAUAUCGAGCUGGACCUCUUGCCAAUCAGUCUAACGUCACUCACUCUUAGACUGAGAGAGAUACCACCCAGAGAUUCAUUCAGUCCAUUGGUAUCGCUAGUUUACUUGGCGAUAGACAUGAAUAGUUGUGAAAUACAAGGUGAUGGUGAAGAUGAAAUACUCGAUCUAGAUGGCCUGCCCAACCUCAAGACAUUCAAGCUUAAAGAAUGUGGUGAGAGUCCACCACCAGAAUACCUAUGUACCGAGAUUAGUGUGCCACCUUCAAUCAAGAUUCUCACUCUUUUGUCUGAUUACAUACGAAUUGCACCACAAUCUACAAUGCCACUGUUGGAGACAUUGAAUGUCUCUCAGUCACUGUUGAUUAAUGACAAGAUCAGUCUGUCGCAAUCACCAUCCAUCAAGAAACUGGUUAUUGACCAUUGCAAUCAACCAAUGCCAGACAAUAUAGUCAUCCCACCGACUGUCAAAAGACUUAGAAUCAUUAAAGAAACAAAAGACGAUAUACUUGGACAAGUUAAAUUGCCGUCAUCACUUCUUCAUCUAACCGUCAAGGGUGGCUGCUAUGAAGCUGUUCAACAGCUCCCAGAAUCACUUGUAAAACUACAACAAACAGAAAGCACGUCUCCAGUCCCCACACUUCCACAACAUUUAAAAAAGCUUACCUUGUAUAUUAAUGAUGAAUUGGACGACAACAACAACAACAACAACAACAUCAACAACAACAUCAACUAUCCACCUCAUCUUGAAACACUCAAUCUGCUGAAGCAAGGUGACUAUACAAUCGAUGUACCACCAACCAUAAAAAAUCUAUCAAUAGUUUUACGACACCAACAACACAAACUUUUAAAAAUGAAUGAUAAACUUGAAAAUCCAAUCUACUCUAUCAGUUCAAGGAUAGAUAAAUCCAUCACCACUCAACAAUCAAAACAACAACAAUGGUUACCAACAAAUACAACACAUCUAACUUGUUACCUCAAAGAUCAUCUUCAAAAACCUUUGACAUUUAGAUUAGAUGAAAUAAUCAAUCACACCAAUGUUAGAUAUUUAACACUUAUUGUUACGAUUGACGACGAUGAAGUAAAUUUUGACGAUGAAGUAAAUUUACAAUUUUCAAUUCAUAGAUUGGACUCUGACAAUAACAAUGUAUUGGUAUUGGAAAGACAGUCACUUACAGGUGGAAUAAUCACUCAAAGAAAAAAUAACAAACAAAAACAAUAUGAUCCUAUUUAUUUAUAUUUUGAUGGCAACUCUCCCUUUGAAUUUCAUUGGAGUUUUAAUGAUAAAAUGAAUUAA